CUUGAUUCACUAAACAUUAAAUAUUAAGCAUUUCACUGUGUUGUGUUGUAUAUAAUUUUAAUAAAUUUAUUUAAACUCUAUACAAAUAAAAGGGGUUGAUAAAGUUCAUCAUGUCUGCCAAUUAUUCUAUGGAUCGUAAUGCAUCUACUUCAGCAGCAUUACGUAAACGUAAGACUAUGAAGAAAUCAAUAAAUUUUUCUAUUAUGAUAAUUGGUGAAAGUGGUUCAGGAAGAUCAACUUUAAUAAACACUCUUUGUGGAGGUAAUUCGAUUGUUCCAACUUCAUCAACAGUUAAACAAGAUCCAUUUACAAAAAGAUUAACAUUAAGACAAGAAAAUGUUGAAUUAGAAGAUAAUGAAGGUCAUAAAAUAUCUUUAAAUAUUAUAGAUACACCUAAUUUUGCUAAUCAAAUUAAUUGUGAAGAUGAUUUUAAAGUUAUUGUAGAUUUUAUAAGACAUCAAUAUGAUGAAGUAUUAUUAGAAGAAUCUCGUGUUAAACGUAAUGCCAGAUUUAAGGAUGGUCGUAUUCAUGUUUUAAUUUAUAUGAUUAAUGCUACAGGUCAUGGAUUAUCUGAAAUUGAUGUUAAAUUCUUAAGAUAUAUUAAUAAUUUAGUUAAUAUUAUACCCGUUAUUUCAAAAGCUGAUUCAUUAACUCCAGAAGAAUUAAAAUUGAAUAAACAAUUGAUUUUAGAAGAUUUAAUUUCUUAUAAUAUUAGUUAUUAUAAAUUUAAUGAAUAUGAAUAUGAACAAGAUUAUAUUGAUGAAGAAAUUAUAGAAUAUAACAAAUAUUUAAAUUCUUUAGUUCCAUUUGCCAUUAUUGGAGCUAAUGAAUAUAGAGAAAAUCCAAAUGAAGAUGAAGAUUUAUUAAAAUUAAGAGUUCUUAAUCCAUUAAAUACUCAACCAAUUAAUGUUGAAAAUCCUGAUAUUAAUGAUUUUACAAUUUUAAAAAAUGUUUUAUUAAUAACUCAUUUAAAUGAAUUUAAAGAAUUAACUCAUGAUUUAAUUUAUGAAAAUUACAGAACUGAAGAAUUAUCAGGUAGAAAAUUUGAAUAUUCUAAACAAGAAAAGAAAGAAACAGAUGCACCAGUUGAAGAAGAAGAAUCUAAUUAUUUAAUAAAAGAAGAACAAAUUAAACUUGAAGAAGAAAGAUUGAAAAAAUUCGAAGAAAGAGUUCAUCAAGAAUUAAUUGAUAAAAGAAAUGAAUUAUUACAACGUGAAAAUGAAUUAAAAGAAAUUGAAAGACGUUUAAGAGAUGAGGGGAUUAAAUUUAAUGAUGAAGGAGAAGCAAUUCAAUCUAAUUAAUCUAUUUCAUUGUGUCUGUAUGUAUUUUAACAUUGUAUAGUU